AGUCAGAAAAGAGAAGCUGCCGCCGCGUGGACCCAGCCAGCUCCAGGGGCCGUGGGCGCAGCCCGGAGCCUCCCCCGCCUUUUAAUUAGAGACAAAAUGCGUCUGCGAGCCUGAGCGAGGCCUGGCCGCGCGGAGCGGAGCUGCCCGUGUGCCCCAGUGCUUUGCACCCGUGCGCAGCAGGCCUCCCGCCUCGCGUCCUCAGAGGGGAGCCUGCUGGGCGCUCGCUGAAAACAGGAACCUGCCCCUCGGCGGGGCCCGCGCCUCCUCGUUCUCGCAGAGGAAGUGUGUGGCAUGUUUAGCAACUGCUGCUCUUCUCGAUAGCAUGGGCUUGUCUACACCCCGCGGAGGCCCGGCCGCCCGCUCACUCUGCGGCAGCAGCAGCGGCUGACGGAGAGGCCGUGACGGGGACCCUCGCCAGCUACUCCCCGGGGCCACUAUGUCCAGCCUUUGAAGGCUCCGCGCGUCCUCCGCAGCCCGGGCAGCGAGGGACAUGGGGAACAGCAUGCGAUCCGCCCCGGCGCCGCCCGAGCCCGAGAGGCCUCUGUCCUGCUCAGAUGGACUGGACAGCGACUUCCUGGCCGUGCUGACCGAUUACCCAUCUCCUGACAUCAGCCCCCCAAUAUUCCGCCGAGGGGAGAAGCUGCGUGUGAUUUCUGACGAAGGGGGCUGGUGGAAAGCCAUUUCCCUCAGCACCGGGCAUGAGAACUACAUCCCCGGGAUUUGUGUGGCCAGAGUUUACCAUGGCUGGCUGUUCGAAGGGCUGGGCAGAGACAAGGCCGAGGAGCUGCUGCAGCUGCCCGACACGAAGAUCGGCUCCUUCAUGAUCCGGGAGAGCGAGACGAAGAAAGGCUUCUACUCCCUCUCCGUGCGGCACCGGCAGGUCAAGCACUACCGCAUCUUCCGCCUGCCCAACAACUGGUACUACAUCUCGCCGCGGCUCACCUUCCAGUGCCUGGAGGACCUGGUCAACCACUACUCCGAGGUGGCCGACGGCCUGUGCUGCGUGCUGACCACACCCUGCCUCACCCAGAGCACCGCUGCCCCGGCCGUGAGGGCCUCCGACUCGCCCGUCACCCUGCGCCAGAAGACCCUGGACUGGAGGAAGAUGUCCAGGCUGCAGGAGGACCCCGAGGGCACGGGGAACCCACUGGGCGUGGACGAGUCCCUCUUCAGCUACGGCCUGCGGGAGAGCAUCGCCUCCUACCUGUCCCUGGCGGGCGACAGCGGCGCGCCCCUGGACCGCAAGAAGAAGAGCAUCUCCCUGCUGUACAGCGGGAGCAAGAGGAAGAGCGCCUUCUUCUCGUCGUCGCCGCCCUACUUCGAGGACUAGCCCAGGGCGGACGGGCAGCCGCACGGGGUGCCCAGCGGGAACAGGCUCUGGACUGUCACCCGGGGUCCAGCCGAGAGGCUCGGUCGCCUGGUCCCCGGGAACCUCGCGUCUUCCACGAGAAGCUGCCUGAGCUCACGCACCCACCUCCUCUGUCCACAUCGUGACGCAGGGACCCUCCCUGGCGUCGGGCCAGUCCUGGACGUCACCGGACGUCGACUCACGACAGGAUGGCGCCCUGCUUCGGAAGAGCCUGCUUGUAUGUUGGGUGCUCAUCGUGUUUGCGGGAAAGACAGCCACUCUCUCCCAGGAUAGGGCGCAGGGCCCACCCCCAACAGCCUGCCCUCUGAGCUCACAGAGAGAACGUCUAAGGAGAAACGCCCGGGAAGGAGACCGGCCAACAGCCGUGACCUGGGCACAGGUCCGGGUUUGCACGCUGGUCCCCUGCUCGGCACCUUCUCAGCCACGGACAGAGGCCUCGGUACACGCACCUCUUCUCGCUGAGCAGCUCAGGGACCCUGAUCGCUCACCGUCCUAAGUAGCCCGGAAGCUCUCUCUGCCCCUCGGGUCCCAAAGCCGCAUGUGCAGUGGUCACAUGGCCUCCCCGCCUCUGCAGGGGCGAGGCCCAGGGGAGAGGGAGGCUGUGGGGAGGGGGUGUGGUGCGGGACGGACUGCGCGGGCUUCCACCACAUCCCCUCUGCAGCUUCGCAGCCAGAGUCCCCACAUCAACGCACCCAGACUCCCUCCUGACUGCGAAGAGGCUCCGUGUCCUCCCCUACGAAAGGCGUCCGGAAAAAAAAAAAGGGACAGCUGAGCCCCAGGCCCCAGCAGAGGUUCACGGUGUGGAGGAAGUGUGUAAACGAAGAUCGUGACGGUGGGUGUAAAGGCAGACAUCAGCGCCUGGCUCUGCGUGGGACAGGGGUCAGGUGGGGUGACCCCAGGCCCAGGUUUCAGCUGGACCUUCAGAGAGAGGGCGUGGCUGGAUAGAGGAGGUCAGAAUGGUCGGACCUGGAUAAGUUCUAGAGCACUCAUUUCUCGGUAUUUUAUUCUACGAAGGGUCUGGCACACACACGAAUAAAAGUGCUGGGCCCCGGGAAUGAGGGGGUGAGAGGGGCUCAGUUCUGUCUCCAUCACUGAAAGAGAUUAGAGGGCCACAGCCAAGGCCUCGCGAGGAGAAGCCUGGGCCCCAGCCGCCCACGCCCCUGCCCCUGCCCCUGCCCCUGCCAGGAGGGGCUGCCGGGAGCCAGGCCUCCUUUCCCUGCUGGGCAGGGGCCAGGGGAGGGGCGGAGCCUGUGCCAGGGUAUCUCUCGCUGCCGGAUAUGAGCAUCUGUCUGUCCGCCAUGCGCAUUCUGCACGUCUGAGGUCACUGUGCUCGCUGCACGUGUCGACGCGUUUACAAGCUUUUCUGUAUCAGCAGAGCCCAGGCUGUUUAUACCCGAAGACAUCUGGGGUUCCCCUGCCCCCAAAAGGCUUCAAAGGGGCCGGCCGAGCCUGGGAAGUGACUGCAGCCGGUGCACGCUGCCGCCGACAUAAGGCAGGGCUGCCGCCCGCCAGAUGUCUGCACGGGGUCUCCUGUGUUCUUUUCCGUUGUGACUCACAUGGUUGGAGCGUGUGGGGAGGACGCGAGGGAUUUCUAAGUGGGAAGCAUUACAUUUUGCUAAAUCAUGUAUUUAUUCCUGAUUAAAAUAAACCUAAUGCGUAUUUAACCCCCUG